GCUUCAGGUUGUCUGUUGGAGAGGAAAAAAAAAGCCAAACUAAUCCCACCCAUCACUUUUUCUCAGAAACCCAUCUUCUCAGAACGGAGUAGAGGAAGCACGGCUGAGCCGGAGUAGCGGCACCAGCAGACAACCCAUGCCAGAAUAGAACCGAAUGGUUGGAAGGGUCUUGAUGGUUGCGGUCUUGGUAGGCCGGACCAUCAACAGUAUCGAUCUGAGAGUUUGUGAAUACUAGAAGAAGGUGUGCUUCGAAUCUCGGAGGAAGAAGGGUUUGGUUUUUCGGUGAUUGUCAAUCUAUUCUUCAUCCCUGUUGAUCAAGAAUGCAAUUCUUUGGGGGUUCUGAGAUCAGUCCUUCACCUCCUGCUCCAGCAGCUCCAGGAAACAAUGGCCAUAUGAUGUAUGUGUUUAAUAGGAAUGGUGUGUGCCUGCUCUAUAGGGAGUGGAAUCGCCCCUUGCGGACAUUGGAUGCCCAACAAGACCAUAAGUUAAUGUUUGGUCUGCUUUUCUCUCUGAAGUCUUUAACUGCCAAGAUGGAUCCCACCAGUGCUGCUGAGAAAGGAAACCUUGGUAUGCCUCAGUUACCUGGCCAAGGUUGUUCAUUUCACAGUUUCCGCACUAAUACAUACAAACUUAAUUUCAUGGAAAGUCCUUCUGGAAUAAAGAUAAUCUUGGUGACUCAUCCUAGAACUGGUGAUCUACGGGAAUCCUUAAAGCGUAUCUACAAUUUGUAUGUUGAUUAUGUUGUUAAGAACCCGCUUUAUACACCUGGAUCUCCUAUUAGGUGUGAGCUGUUCAAUACAACUUUGGAUCAGUAUGUGCGAGGCAUUGCGUAGAAGCUGAGUUGUCUUCAUUCAACACUGUAUAUGACUAUUGAGGUAUAACGCCUUGUUUUGCAUGGUGUAUGUUGGAGGCAUUGUGCAUAGAAGCCGAGUUGUUUGACUUGUUUCCAUCAAACACUGUUCAUUUCAUUGAUUUUAUUGAAUCCUACAAUUUAUGUUACCCUGUAUUUCUCUUCAAAUAUAUAUAACAAACUCAAGAUACCUAGUGUGACACAUGAUUAGGUAUGAUCUCCAAUUUUGUCCUCAACGCUAAGAUUGGGAGCAUUUUUGGAUUAAAAUCUGCCUUCUUAAGUUUGAA